AUGGCUGAUGCGAAUAGGAAAUUCAAACGAUUAUGUUAUGCCAAGAGAGUUUCCUUUGAAAAUUUAAAUAUUGCUGUUAUAAAUAACACCCGCUCAUCUUCAGAGUUUUGGAAAGCUGUUAAGCAUCUUAAUGGAAAAAUAAAUACUAUAGCUCUGGGUUUGCAGGCAUCUGAUCUUAGAGACUACUUCAUCAGCCUUCUCAAUCGCUCAGCAAAUGGUCCUUUGGUGCAAUAUGCAGCUCCCUCGAUCCUCGAUGAGUACUUAGAUGCACCUUUUUCGAUCCAAGAAGUGAAAGAAGUUGUUGCAAAUGCAAAAUUAAACAAAGCCCCAGGGGAUGACCGGAUCCCCUUUGAAUUCUUCAAACACGCCACGGAAAAAUGUAGCUACGAGGACCCAGCAAACUACAGAGGGAUUUCCUUUCUUAACACCUGCGCUAAGCUAUUUGCUGGACUUAUUCACAACAGACUGUCGAAGUGGGUGGAGGACAAGAACAUUCUAUCGGAAUUCCAGUCUGGUUUCAGGAAAAGUUAUUCAACCAUAGACCAUAUUUUCUCACUGCUGAACAUUGCUGAUCUUUAUAAAAGGAAGCAGAAGAAAUUAUACGCUUUCUUUAUAGACUUCCGUGCAGCUUUUGACUCUGUCGACCGUCAAGCUCUCUUUUACAAGCUCUCUGUAUCAGGUGUGUCAAGUAAAGUUAUAAACGUUUGGGAUGGCGAGUCUAUAUCCGAGGAGUUUGCAACAGUAACUGGUCUUAAGCAAGGCUGUAUUCUUAGCGCCCUCCUAUUUAUAAUUUUCAUAAAUGAUAUUACUGAUGAAGUGAGAGGUGGAAUCACUGUAGAAGGAUUGACUGUUCCAGCCCUUAUGUAUGCAGAUGACAUCGUGCUAUUCUCCGAAACAGUAGAUGGCAUGCAGCUGAUGAUAAACAGGCUUGAGAUAUAUUGCAAUCGAUGGAAUCUGGAAGUUAAUUUGCAAAAAUCGAAGAUGAUGAUUUUCAGAGUUUAUCUAAAUGCUGUCACAAGUUUUGAAGAAGAUAUAAUUCUUCGUUCUAAGGAUAACCGUGAUUUAUUGGUUCAAUGUUCUUACAAAUUAGUGAAGAAGUACUUCUUCUCGGGUGAAACUCUCUCAGGAUCUGUGCUAACUGUUAGUCUCACUUCGCCUUCUCCGGAUCUGCAAAGUCAAAUGUUACUUGCAUUCCAUUCGGACCAAUACAACCCAUGGUCGAUAGUUCUUCGAGAUUCAAGGCAUUCCUCUUCAUCAAAGGCAUCCAAUAAGUUUAUUCUUCACGAAAAACCUCAAUCGUAUUUUGUUGUUAUAGAAACCGCAGACGACGAAGAUAUGGAAGAUAUUUUCGAGGAUUGGAAAUCAAUGCCGAAUUGGAAUCCACUAGCUCAAUUUGUUGUUAUGCUUGCCAGCAUCGAAGAAACCGAAGAAGAAAUGACCGAACUUAUGGUCGAUACGAUGUUAAUUUUUAUGAGUAGAAAAAUCUACAACAUCAACAUCAUUGCUCAGACGGAGGAAGACGGGCGAGUUUAUUCAAAAACCGCCUUUCCAUAUGAACCCGAUAACAAUUGUGGUAGUAGAAUUAUUGCAUUUGAAACAUUGGAUAUUUGUCAAUAUGAAGAAGAUAAUGAUGGCGAUGACGAUGAUGGGUCAAGACGAAUUCAAUUAAAACAACAAAACCGUGGAUUGUUUUUGGAUAAAAUUCCAAAACACUUAAGUGGUUGUCCUUUACUGGCUUAUGCGAGAUCUUGGGAGCCGUAUAUUUUUGUCGAAGAUAACCAAAUGAAGGGAAUCGAAUGGAUGCUGGUGCAGGCUAUUGCUGAAAGUUUGCAUAUUCAAAUUAAAAUUUUAAUACAAAACAAGACGUUGUAUCAUAUUUUCCAGGGCCUAAUUGACGGAAAGAUUGAUAUCGUAAUUGGAGGAAUUGACGAAGAUCCAAAUCUAAGCCAAUUUGUUUCUGCAAGUGUUCCAUAUCUACAAGACGAUUUAACCUGGUGUGUGGCUAGGGCGAAGAGAACUCUAAAUUGGCUAAAUUUUGUUGAAGUCUUCACUCCGGAAUCAUAUGCAACCUAUUUGAGUUUCAUUAUAACGAAUGCAUUGGCAAUCUUUAUGAUUCAAAAGAGUCCUUCGAUUCCAACAAAACUCUGCAACAGUUUCUUCGGUUUGGUGUUUAUUUUAAUAGGAAUUGCUUUAAGUCAAACACCUCAAGAAGUCUAUCUUAAAGCAAGUCUUCGUAUUUGCAUCUUGAUGUCAUUAGCAGCUGCUGUUAUCCUCGGAAGUACUUAUAAUUCGUUUCUUGUAAGUUCCCUUACAAGUCCGAAUACAUUGCCUCAGGUGAAGAAGAUUGCUCAAAUUGUGGAUCAUAAGAUGUCGGUAACUGGGAGUGUAGAGAUUAUUCGACACUUGGACAAGGAUGGAAGUAUCUUCAAAUAUAUUCGUCGUGAGUUCAGCAUGUGCUAUAAUCUAGAGGAAUGUUUGCAAAGAGCAGCUAAAGAUUGUAGCUUGGCAGUUGCCAUUUCUCGACAAUAUUCCACUCAUAAUCCGCGUAUCCCAAGGGAUAACCUGUAUUGUUUCGAUCGGGAUCAACACAUUUAUACUUACUUGGUUACAAUGCUGAUGCCGAAGAAGUUCCAUCUAUACCAUCAGAUUAAUCCUAUAAUUCAAUAUAUCAUCGAAUCGGGACAUUUGCUGAAGUGGACUAGGGAUUUGGAACAGCAAAGAAUGCUUAAAGCUAUCAAACGAGAGUUGGUGAAUGAUGAGAAUAGAGUUAUGAAACUGGAAGUUGGACAGAUUUUGGGAAUACUUGCAUGUACUUUGAUAUUUCUGGGAGUUGCUUUGUUUGUAUUCGUACUGGAGAAUUUUGUCUGUCUAAUGAUUAAACGUGGGUCGAAAGCGAAAGUUAUAAAAGUACUUCAUAAACACUUUUCAAAUUGAAGGCUCUACAUAAUUUAAAGUUUUAACAGAAAAAAAUUUGUUUUUUAACUAUGUUCAUUU